UCUUGGGUAUAUAAUAAUUCCCCGCCUUCUCUGUCUCUGCACAUACUCUGUUCUUGGCCAUCUGGAAGGGAAAAUCUUGUUUGGGAAAAUGGGUUUGCUUAGUGAGGGCCUCACACAGGUUGUGAUUCCUGUAUCUGCCUUAGUUGGAAUUGGGUUUGCUCUGCUUCAGUGGUUUUUGGUCUCCAAGGUUAAAGUCUCUCCUGCCUAUGGUGGUGAACACAAUGGCUAUAAAGAUAGGCUUAUUGAAGAAGAUCAAGAAGAGGGUAUUGAUAAUCAUGAGGUUUCCAUUAAGUGUGCUGAAAUUCAGAAUGCUAUCUCUGUUGGUGCUACUUCUUUCCUUUUCACCCAGUAUAAAUAUCUUGGUGUUUUCAUGGGAGUCUUUGGUGUUAUUAUCUUCCUCUUCCUUGGUUCUGUAAAGGGAUUCAGCACCAAAAACGAACCUUGCACCUACAACACAGGAAGCACAUGUAAACCAGCCUUAGCCAAUGCCUUCUUUACCACAGUUGCCUUUUUACUUGGCGCGCUUACAUCAGUCCUUUCGGGUUUCCUUGGCAUGAAAAUUGCAACUUAUGCAAAUGCUAGAACCACUCUUGAAGCCAGGAAAGGUGUUGGGAAGGCUUUCACAACAGCUUUCCGGUCUGGUGCUGUGAUGGGUUUCCUUCUUGCUGCAAAUGGGCUUUUGGUGCUUUUUGUCUCGAUCCAUUUGUUUAAGUUGUAUUAUGGAGAUGACUGGGAGGGACUAUAUGAGUCCAUUACCGGUUAUGGACUUGGAGGCUCUUCAAUGGCACUCUUUGGAAGAGUUGGUGGUGGCAUAUACACAAAAGCAGCUGAUGUUGGAGCUGAUCUUGUUGGAAAGGUUGAAAGAAACAUCCCUGAAGAUGAUCCACGGAACCCGGCUGUUAUUGCAGACAAUGUGGGUGACAAUGUAGGAGACAUAGCAGGAAUGGGAUCUGAUCUGUUUGGAUCAUAUGCCGAGUCAUCUUGUGCUGCACUCUUUGUUGCAUCAAUAUCUUCCUUUGGCAUCAGCCAUGACUAUGUAGCCAUGUCUUACCCUCUGAUCAUAAGCUCAAUGGGGAUUGUCGUUUGCUUGAUAACAACACUUUUUGCAACUGAUCUGCUUGAAAUAAAGAACGUGAGCGAGAUUGAACCGUCCUUGAAACGACAACUUCUUAUCUCAACUGUACUGAUGACUGCUGGGAUUGCAGCUGUUACCUUUGUUGCCUUGCCAUCGGAAUUCACUCUCUUUAACUUCGGAGCCACUAAAACGGUCAAGAACUGGCAUCUUUUCUCCUGCGUUUCAAUUGGCUUGUGGGCUGGCCUUGUUAUUGGAUAUAUUACAGAGUACUAUACCAGCAAUGCAUACAGUCCAGUGCAAGACGUGGCAGACUCAUGCAGGACUGGUGCCGCGACAAAUGUGAUCUUCGGCUUGGCACUUGGAUACAAAUCUGUGAUAAUCCCCAUAUUUGCAAUUGCAAUUGCCAUUUAUGUGAGCUUUAGCUUGGCUGCCAUGUAUGGAAUUGCUGUGGCUGCACUGGGAAUGCUCAGCACCAUUGCCACUGGUCUUGCAAUAGAUGCUUAUGGCCCCAUAAGUGACAAUGCUGGAGGAAUUGCCGAAAUGGCUGGAAUGAGCCAUGAGAUACGUGAAAGAACGGAUGCUCUUGAUGCUGCUGGCAACACUACUGCUGCUAUUGGCAAGGGAUUUGCUAUUGGAUCGGCUGCUCUUGUUUCACUUGCCUUGUUCGGAGCCUAUGUGAGCAGAGCAGGCAUAAAGUCUGUUGAUGUCUUGACCCCAAAAGUUUUUAUAGGACUGAUUGUUGGGGCCAUGCUUCCAUAUUGGUUCUCAGCCAUGACAAUGAAGAGUGUAGGGAGCGCAGCACUCAAGAUGGUCGAAGAAGUUCGUCGACAAUUCAAUACAAUUCCAGGGCUCAUGGAAGGCACAGCAAAACCAGACUACGCCACAUGUGUAAAGAUUUCCACUGAUGCCUCACUCAGGGAGAUGAUACCACCUGGCGCCUUGGUUAUGCUCACACCUCUCAUUGCUGGUACCUUCUUUGGAGUUGAAACUUUGGCUGGAAUUCUUGCUGGUUCACUCGUUUCUGGUGUCCAGGUUGCUAUCUCAGCUUCAAACACAGGUGGGGCUUGGGAUAAUGCAAAGAAAUACAUAGAGGCAGGAGUUUCUGAGCAUGCAAAAGCAUUAGGGCCCAAGGGGUCAGAUCCCCACAAGGCAGCUGUAAUAGGGGACACAAUUGGGGAUCCCCUUAAGGACACUUCUGGUCCUUCACUCAAUAUUCUCAUCAAACUUAUGGCAGUAGAGUCAUUGGUGUUUGCUCCAUUCUUUGCUGCUCAUGGGGGCUUAAUCUUCAAAUGGCUUUGAGUAGAAGCAAUAGCAUAAUAAUUUGUUUUAACUUAGUGUACAUUAUUGUUCACUAGUAAUCAAGUUAAAUCUCAAAUGGAGUUCUUUUUUCCACUGUACUAGUAAUUAAUUUAAGAUGUAAAAAGUUAAACCCUUGUGGAUUUUUUUAUUUGCAAAUUUUAUUAUGAUGGUAAAAUUAUAUAUAUAUAUAUGUUGUCUUGUA